AUGGUCUCAAUACCAGUGAUUACAAUAUAUGUUAACAAAUUAUUGUCACUAAACCGUGAGAUCAAUGGCCAGUGGUUUACAUAUUUGACUCAAUUCUGGAAAUUAUGGUCAAAAAGAAGACAACAAAAAACAAACCGAGUGUUAACUCAUGACCUCUGGAAGAAUAACUGUUCGGAUGCGGGCAUUAUUCCAUUUCCUCACGAAUGGGAAUAUGAAUUACCACAACAGCCGAGCAAGACAAAACCCGAAGACGUGUUGAUAUAUGGCGUGAAUUCAUCGAAACAAAGCAUUUAUAUUGCAAUCAAAUGGAGACCAAAAGGAGUGAACGAUAAGAUCAAUGCAACCAUUAGUUUGAGAUUUGAUGACAACAACAGUAAUAGCUAUACAUUAGAGGAGGACUCGGAGGUCGAGUACCGGAGCAAUGAAUACAGAGUGUGUGGACUCGGCUUAGAGAUUAUGUCACCCUUUAGAAGGAAACGCAUUAAGUUUAGGGGAUAUCUCACGAAGAAUGACAACCAAUUAGUUUACGUCAGGUUUAGGUUCUUGUGGUACUCCAUCUCAAGAGUUGCAGAUUUUACCCACGAUUUCAACGAUCACUUUAUGGCCAAAGAGAUGAUGAGAUCCAAGAAUAGAGACAAUGAAAUUGUGGAUCAAUUAGAAGACCGUUUCGAACAAUUCGGACAAAUGAAAGGCAAUUUCAAAGAAGAUAUGGAAGAAGAGAAACAAUUAUACUUUUGGGGAUCUAUUAGUAAAAAGUAUUUCAAAACCAAACAAAUGAAUAGAAGUAUUAAAAGAAUCAUUGGAUACACUAAAGAAGUUAUUAUAAUUAACUUUUUAUAUGUCAAGGCAUUGGCAAAGUUUGAUGAAAAGGAUUACAACUUUAUAAUAGAAAGCAAUGAAAAUAGUUCUGCAAAACGACUUUUAAUCAAUGAAUUCGAGGGAAUGUGUUAUAUAUUAGACGAAAAUGAGACACAAAUACAGAAACCAAACAAAACCUGUAAAUUAUUAACAAAUGAUUUGUCACUUGUUUUGGGAUUCAAUGAAUUGAAUGCAAAACGCGUUGACUUAAGUGGAGGUAAAGGAAGUUCUUUAGCGGUUCUCAAGAGUUUGAGUGAAGNCGUUGACUUAAGUGGAGGUAAAGGAAGUUCUUUAGCGGUUCUCAAGAGUUUGAGUGAAGAUUUGGUUAAAGAGAAGUACGAAAACACAUUCAAUGUUCCGAAUGGUGUUAUUGUGACCACAAAUGCUUAUCAAAGACUUCUUAACGAUAAUAAAGAUUUGGUUAAAAGUAUUGAAGACUUGGAAAAGUCGACUGAAUUGUCGACAAAGGAAUUGAAGACUAAAUGCGAGAAUUUAAUGGAUUUGAUAUCAAGUCGUGAAUUACCUGAAGAUAUAAAACGCGAAAUAAAA